ACCCGACGCUCAUGGGAAUCAGCCGUCAGUUUGGUUCCAAGUCUUGCGCAUUUUCAAUCCUGGCUCUUGUAUCAACUCAGACUUCCUUAACCCUUACCUUUCCAUAUGGCACUCCACGGCAAGGUCAGGUCAACCCUGAUGAUACUUUCACUCUCUGUCUUCUUGUACUACGUUAUCCAAAAGAACUAUAUAAAUGAGCACGACUUCGGUGAACCAAGAAUCCUUACGAGGAGUGAGGUACUCGCCAUCGACACAGAGGCCGAGGUAAACGCUUUGCGCAAUGUGACUCAGAUCGCGAAGAGAGACGGAGGCAACUAUUCUUGUAAGAAAGGCACACCGUGCAAAACCUACGCAUGCUGUGGCUCUUUCUUUGGCGGUGAUACCGGCGUUUGCGGCUUUGGCCCAACAUUUUGCGGAGAUGAUUGUGAUUCCCAGUGUGAUGCAAAACCCGAAUGCGGGCAGUAUGCCGAUCCCCCAGACAAGAAGUGCCCGUUGAAUGUAUGCUGUAGUGAAUAUGGGUUCUGUGGCAGUACACCCGAGUUCUGUCAAGAGGGCUGCCAGUCUAACUGCGUCGUGGAUCCUCCUGUCCCACCCGGAGGGAGUGGAAUCACUGUCCUAAACAACAGAAUCAUAGGAUACUAUGAAGCAUGGUCCGCUAGAAGGGAGUGCCGAGAAUUUCCGCCGAGUGCUAUUCCAACAGAGGGCUUGACGCAUGUGAAUUUUGCAUUCGCAUAUAUCGACCCAGACUCGCUUCAGGUCACUGCGAUGGACUCUGAGACACCGGCGGGGCUGUUUGCGCAGACAACUGAUAUUAAGAAUUUGAAAUCUCGUAACUCGCAGCUUGAAGUCUUCGUCUCCAUUGGCGGAUGGACCUUCUCGGAUAACGAGACUGCGACACAACCCCUAUUCCCCGAAAUCGCCGCCGACGCCAGUAAGCGUCAGAAGUUCGCUGAUAACUUAGUCGGCUUUAUGAUACGCUAUGGGUUUGAUGGAGUUGAUCUCGAUUGGGAAUAUCCAGGUGCUCCAGACCGAGGUGGUUUAGAAGAAGAUGAUAUCGCCAACUUCGUCAAGCUUCUCGAGACGCUUCGAAAGACUUUCCAAGCAUCCGCGAGGGGAGACUAUGGGUUAACCUUCACAAUUCCAACAUCAUAUUGGUAUUUAAGAUGGUUCGAUGUUCCAGGUCUCCUUGAAUAUGCAGACUGGGCAAACAUGAUGUCCUACGACCUUCAUGGAGUAUGGGACGAGCACAAUCCCAUCGGGUCAAUUGUGCAGAGCCAUACAAAUUUGACGGAGAUUAAGCUGGCGGCAGACCUACUUUGGCGAAAUAACGUACCUCCCGGGAAGGUCGUUCUUGGAAUUGGGUUUUACGGCCGGUCUUUUCAGCUCAAGGACAGCAAAUGCAGUACACCCGGCUGUCAGUUCAAGGGCCCAGCGGACGAGGGCUCAUGCACCAAAUCCGCAGGGACGCUCGCGUACUUCGAGAUUCAGGAUAUCAUCAGUGAACACAAACCCAAAGUCGUCUAUGAUGAAGAUGCCGCAGCCAAUUACAUAGUAUACGGCGACAAGAACGACCAAUGGAUCAGUUACGAUGAUGCUAAGACCCUCAAACAAAAGGUCGACUGGGCCAACGAGGUAGGUUUAGGUGGUGUCAUGAUCUGGAGUGUAGAUCAAGACGAUGACGAAUUCUCCGCACUCGAGGGUUUGAUCGGCGAGCCGCUUCCAUCUUUCGCAGAAAAUCUCAAGCGUACAGCAGUGUCAGACGGUGAUCACUGGUCUUCGGUAAAUGGGCAGGCUUGCAAAGUGAGCGACUGUGAAAACGAACCCUAUAACCCGCCCAGCGGGUUUUCGACUGCCCCCAACGGCAAGUUCCCGGAUACUUGCGGGGGUAAAAAAUCCAAGUAUAUAUUAUGUCCAACAGAUGCCAUGCCCCAGCAGUGCGAAUGGCGAGGAUCUGGGUCGUGCCAUGGCCAAUGCCACGAAGGCGAGGUCACGCUUGCACACUCGCGCCACGGCAGUGAAAGCUGUUUAAGGCCUGGACAACAGGCUUUCUGUUGCGUGAGUAACACCUGGUCGAGCUACACCGACAAGUGUGGUUGGCUGGAUGACUGUAGCGACUGUCCAUCCGAUCGGCAGUAUUCUGUUAGCACGCGGAAGAAAUAUAGCUUUUUCUCAAGCUGUGAUCAGCAUUUCUGUUGCCCUUACCCAUUCGAAAACUGUCAUUGGGUUGGCAAGGGUACCUGCGACGAUAACGAGUGCUCAGCGACGGACGUUGAGGUCGGCUUGGAUGUUUUCGGGAAAGACCAAUCGUCCUGCACCGGCGAGAUUUUCAACCAUCGCCAAAAGGUACUGUGCUGCAACACACCCAAAGAUCUAAACCCUUUCCUCCCGGCAUCUCUUGACAACUUAUUUCCUACGUUGCCGCCGACCGGCUACCUGCCAGCAUUCGAUCAACAAAAUCUCAAUUACAAUCCGUCACUAGUCGGUGAAAACCCGAAUCCAAACGCUUUCUUCUUCGUCGUUAUAGAUGGACCGCCUUCGGCAGUGAACAGCCUAAACCGUCGUGAUGGUUCACACGUGGAAUUUAUUAGCCGUGGAGUCCAUGACGGCCAAGAGCCACAAGUGGCUCAUUUCGUUUGCAUGGUCGAUUCUGUUGAUAAUAACUGUGAUGCCAUGCAUGAGAACGGUAUAAAGGGGACUAUCCUUCGUAUGCCAGAUGAUAUGGGUUUCGCUCAAUGGUCAGUUGCGCACUCAGUAAGAGAGUCCAAUCUUACUAUCCCAAGUCAUCUCAGCAAGCGAGUCCCACCCAACGCUAAAGUCUGGGAGCUAGAAUACAGUUACAACUUCUCGAAUGUAAGGCGAGACGUGGGAGAUAUUUACUUUCGAGUUGACUAUUCUGAUAAUCAUAAAUAUUAUCAUGAUGUCGUCCAAGCCGCACAUCAGAAACGGGGUGUGGAACCCAGAUUCUGGAGUAAAAUCAGCUCUGUCUGGAAGACUAUCCUUGAUCAGAUUCGAGGCCAAUUCCCAGAUACGCCGGCCAAACUGAAUACAGAUCACUUCAACACCCUUAUCCUUGGAGAUGAUGGAUCCGAUAAGGGUUGUAACGGUCCGGAUGGGUUCCUAAAGGUAAAUCUUGCUGGGUCUAUACGAAACACCAUGAGAUUUGGGUUUACUCUGGUGGGAACUAUACAGCCUUUCGCUCUAGAGGAAGCUUACGGCUACUUUGAUUCCGAUAUUUAUAUGUCCGGACAACUCGAGUUUGAUGGCAAGGGUAUCUUGGACAUCAACAGCGGCGCCGGUGCUCAAAGAAACUUGUUCCCUAGCCCAAUCACAAAGUUUCAAGCAUCCCACCCCGGUAUCGUGUCGUUCUCGCCGGAACUGAACCCGGAGAUUUCUAUCAUCGGAUCUGGUGAGAUUGAUGGUAAAUUUGCGGUGAGCUUCGAAGCGGGUUCGUCGAAGACCAUGAAAACACACGCACCGCCCGGCCUCGCCACAUUCGACGGUGAUAUCCUCGGGGAUACCAUUAGCGAUGCAGCCGACGGAUUCGUUAAGACAGAUACAGCGGACUUCAAUACCGUCUUCGCGAUAAACCUGAACGUAGAAACGACCAUGAAUAUGAAGAUAUUCGGGUACCAGACCUCUCUCCAAGAUGCCGGCGCUCGAUUCACUUCUCGAACUCCGCAUGCUAUUCGUGUGAUUGGCAAUACGGGGACCGGAGAAGCUGGCAUCCUUGACGCGCCCCAGCAAGGCUCUUCCGAUGUAAUUCAGGUCGGUACAGUAAUGGACGGUUGGGAUGAUGGCGUUACUCACGGGAUCGGAAGCCAGCCGAAUCCGCGCGUCGUACUGUCUGGCGGAGACGAGCCAUCGACCCGAGAAGUACCACAUAUCAGUGGCUACCCCGUAUUUGGUAUCAGUGACUUUAUAUCAUGCUCUGGUGGUUCUUACACAGGCCAGCUUGUCUGUUUCUAUAACAUCAGUGCCAAUGAUACAAGCCUCGAAGAACCUAGUCCGCCGUUCAAAUUCAAGCGCGAGUAUCUAGAGCCACUGAGUGAGCGAGAGAAGCAAAAGUUUGCAAAAAUAGAGCCACGCGCCGGUCCAAGUUCCGGAAGCUCAGAAACUUACCGUAUUUAUGAGUAUCCAGAGAACCCGAAUGGAAAUACAAACGCGUUCGAAUUCGUCACACCAACCUACCCAGCGGGAGAUAAUGGUGAUGCACUAGAUCAUGAAACAGGGCGGAACGAACGUUAUUCUCUCCUGAAUCCCGGCGACUGUGAAGACACGUCCAUCACAGCGAAUGGCGUUCAGGGUCUAAACUGGGACGGCAUCGACUCUGAUCAUCCAGAUGACCGGACCAUUUUUCCGACCAAUUUUGCCAACUUUGCCCAAAGUGGAGAGAUUGAUCUAGCCGAUGGUCAAGGUGGCACGUAUCGAACCCAACGGCCUCUGUUCGAUUUCACCAACCUAUUAAAUUACUUUGCUGCCGAUUAUCGUACCUGGGUACCACAAAACGUUGAGCCAAAUCCUCCACCAGGGUCGGCCGCCGGCGACGUAGCAGAUGCGAUGGGGUCUACUAAUAACCCGUCGCCGAUGGUCAAUUUAGAAAGAAACUUGAAUAUCCUCAAGGGACGCAUGUACACAACUCAAGGUCUCCCGACAUCUGAUGAUCAGUGGGAUGCAUGGAUGCGACUACCGAGCCAAGGGACAGCGCAGGCGGCAUUCUCGGCGUUAAGAGCCGUCUUUGGCGUCAUGAACUAUCUUAGGGCCAUCCAGUCAAAUAGACAGCAGGUCUUUGAUGGUAGACGGGAAGCUCUAGCACAGUUUGACGACUUAUAUGGUAGGACAUUUCCAAAUCGACCAGAACGGCUCGCAGAUCUCAUUGAUGAGUUCCAACCGCAGUGGGAGAUCCGAGUCACGAAUUUCGUGCAGCGUUAUGUAACCAGUCGGUUGAAUAGCCUUGUGAACACUUACACGCCGCUAGCACAGAAUGGCCAUCCCAACCAACAAUUAGCUCUCGACGUCUUAGCAGCUGUGGGGAGGAUGAGAAACCGAAUACAGAAUGAGUUGCAUUUUUAAUGAACUUUCAUACUGAGAGGCAAUAUUAUAUGUAGAUAAUAUUGAAAUAUCGAUGAUAUUUUAUCAUUCCGUAUAUUAUGCCAAAACAGAUGGAGGGGAUAGAAUGAUCAAAUGUUGUAUUGUUGAAAAAGAUCUAGAUAAGCCCUGGUUUUCGGGGUGGUGGGGUUCCUGAAUACCCCCACCAUGUCCCU